AUGACCCUCCGCAGAAGAAAAUCUCCCGUCAACGAAAUAAUGGACGAUUUCUUCUUCCCAGAAAAAAAUACCUACUCCUAUUUGGCACCAGCAAAAAAGAACCGCUUGGAAAGAAUCCUUCUCCCGUUUCUAUCGCUUCUUCAUUUAAUUCAAAAAUUGUUUCCCUCAUCCUGGAAAUUUAAUCUUCAUCUGAAUCCCUACCGCACACUUCGGCAAAAGUUAAAACUGAGAAAUGCAUACGCCUCUAUCAGAAGAAAUGUGUUCAAAGAUCCUCGGUACAACUAUGCCGCCUACAUCGAUCAGUUUCAGGAUACAGAGAAUCAGGAUAAUGCCGAUUCUUGGGAAACUAGCUUGACAAACCAUUCUGACCGCAGUGCUAAUGAUAUACAGGAUUCUAGCUCAUUCUAUGAAGAUUAUAAUUCAUUUCUAGCCGAUACCACUCCUGGUCACGAAACUGAAACAGACCGCUUUCCCGCCGGAAGAAGAAAUCCCUACCUCUUUCAUUCGAUCUUCAACUCUCACUUUUUUCGUGGAAUAAGUUUAAAGCCACUUGCAGAUACAAGUUUGGAAAUGGUCUGCAAUUUUCAAGAUAUUUUUCAGUACGAUCACAUUCGGAUCGCCGCGUGA